AUGAGAAGGCGAGGUGUUAAGAGGUCCCACGUGCGGCCGCGGUCGCCGGCGGCGCUCUUCCCCGAACUUUUUGCAAGCCGCGACCUUCCGGAAGUGAAAAAGUUCAACGGAAGCUUUCACAUGGGAGCGGAAGACUUAAGAUAUUUCGCUGUUACGAGGUGGCAGCGAUCAGAAUGCAUUGGAGGUUUUGUUUGCAGUGAUGAUUUCGAGGACCGGUCGGGGUUAUUACGCGGCACAUGCGCCCAAAGCAAACACAUAUCGGCUCAUUACUGGCGUGACGCGGCGGGGAGGCGGCGGGGAGGCGGAGGGCGGCACACAGAGGGCGAGGGC